AUGGGCGCUCCACCUCCAGCUGGCGAAGAAAAGAUCGUCGUUCUGCGAACGGUGGGCGGCGAGGUUGCCCCUGCGUCGGCGCUGGCGCCGAAGGUCGGCCCGCUCGGUCUCUCCCCCAAGAAAAUUGGCGAAGACAUUUGCAAGGCCACGAAGGACUGGAAAGGCAUGAACGUGACGGUGAAGCUGACCAUUGUGAACCGUCAGGCGACCGUGACGCUGAUCCCCAGUGCGUCGUCGCUGCUGGUCAAGGAGCUGAAAGAGCCUCCGCGGGACCGCAAGAAGGUCAAGAACAUCAAGCACGACGGCAACCUGUCCUUGGACCAAGUCAUUGGUGUGGCCCGUAUCAUGCGCGAGCGCUCGAUGGCGCGUGCGCUGGCUGGCACGGUGAAGGAGAUUUUGGGCACGGCUGCGUCGCUCGGCUGCACGGUCAACGGUGAAGCCCCGACGGAGAUUCAGCGUCUGAUCACCGAGGGCGAGCUGGACAUUCCUGAAAACUAG